AUGGCAAAGUUCGUAGCAUAUUUCCUUGUCCUCUCCCUCUCCAUGGCCUUUAGGGUGGCAACAAGUGACCCAAUACUAUCAUGUAGCCAAACCCCUUAUCCUCAUGUGUGCAGUUCCAUGGUAAGCACCAGCCGUCAAGUUGCCCAAGCCAAAACCCAGUCCGGAUUCCGUUCCAUGGUCCUCCAUGCAGCCAUGGACCUAGCAGUGCAAGCUCAUGAGGUUGCGUUGAUCAUCGAUACGAGCUCGCUCGAUAUGAAGGCAAAAGCUGCAUGGGCUGAUUGUUUGAAGUUUUCCAAAGACACCAUCAAGCAGAUCAAUCGGUCGAUGGGCUCGACAUCGAAGGAUGAUGUGCAGACCUGGCUAAGUGCAGCAAUGACCAAUCAACAGACAUGCCGAAAUGGUUUCAAUGAUCUCGGCUCUUCCUUUCCCUUGGGGUCACCCUUCUUAUCUUAUAACAUAUCAGAGUUGCUAAGCAACUGUUUAGCCAUCAACAAGGCAAUGACGCCAAAGAAGUCAGGUGGUAACCCUCGGUUUCUCUCUGAUGGAUUCCCAAAGUGGAUGUCCACCACCGAACGUAAGCUUCUCCAAUCGUCAAAUACAAAUGCCGAUCUCGUGGUGGCCAAAGAUGGCUCCGGAGAUUACACCACCAUCUCAGAAGCCAUUGCAGCUGCCACAAUUCGAAGCAACGGCACAUCAAGAUUCGUGAUCCAUGUCAAAGCCGGAAUCUACAAUGAGACCGUCGAAACAUCAAUGAACAAUCUAAUGAUAACUGGAGAUGGUAUAGGCGCCACCAUUAUCACUGGUAAUAAAAACUUCCACGAUGGCUUCCCAACGGCCCAAACUGCAACCUUUGCGGUCUCCGGCGACGGCUUCAUCGCCCGAGACAUGACCUUCCAGAACACGGCAGGGCCGGAGAAGGAACAGGCAGUUGCCUUCCUUUCAAGCUCGGACCGCUCAGUCUUAUACCAGUGCAGCUUUGAGGGCUACCAGGACACGCUGUGCGCGUUAACCCAGCGGCAAUUCUACCGCAACUGCGACAUCUACGGCACCAUCGACUUCAUCUUCGGCGACGCGGCUGCCGUCUUCCAGCAGUGCAACAUUUACGUGAGGAAGCCGAUGACGGGCCAGGCGAACACGGUGACGGCCCAGGGGCGGGCCACGCCGGACGAGAACACCGGGAUAAUUAUUCACGAUUCGGUUGUCACGGCGGCGCCGGACCUCAAGCCGGUGCAGGGCUCCUUCCAGACCUACCUCGGCCGGCCGUGGCGGGAGUACUCGAGGACGGUGUUCAUGAAGACGUCGUUGGAUAGCGUGAUCGAUCCGGCUGGGUGGCUCCAGUGGAAUGCGUCGGGGUUUUAUUUGAGUACGUUGUAUUAUGGGGAGUACAUGAACACUGGUGCAGGGGCGAACACUGGUGGGCGGGUGAAAUGGCCUGGGUACCAUGUUAUUACGAGUGCGUCGGAGGCGAGCAACUUUACGGUGGGGAGCUUCUUGGGUGGAGAUUCAUGGAUUCCGGCCACUGGGGUUCCAUACAUAUCUGGUCUGUAAAAUAGUCUUAUGGGAAGGGCAGCAAUUUGUCUGCGUAUUAUUUUUUAGUCCUUCCUUGCCUUUUGUCCUGCGUAUUAUCGUUCCAUCGUAUCC